AUGGAAGUACAUCAGUCGCUUCCAGCACAAUAUUUACAUAAUCCAUAUUUGGUUAAAUCUGAAACAACUUUACAUCAUCAUCAUCAUCACCAUCAUCAGCAACAGCAACAGCAGCAACAACAACAACAACAGCAACAACAACAACAAUCGCAAGCAACAGCAGUAGCAGUAACCUCUACCAUAACAGAUCCGUCACAGUCAACUUCAUCCGGUGUUUCCAGUUCAUGUUCACCAUCAACACCAUCAUCUAUAUCAUCCAACCAACGGAUAACAGCACAUAAUGUAGUUGCUUCCGAAAAUAACAACAAUAUCAAUGACAAUAAGAAUAGUAAUACCAGUAACGUUAACACUGAUAUCAGUAGUACUGAAGAUAACAGUAGUAAUACUGUCUCAACAUUGCGACGUCAAACUAGUAAUGGAAGUGUUGUAACAUCUGAUUACCGAUUGUAUGCUCAUGGUCUUACUAACGCUACAGUUACAGCAACUACAACUAACGUUCACGUUUCACAUUCAUCGUCAUCUGCUAUUCAUCAAAAUGGGCGACCUUUGACAGCAGAUCGUAAACGACCAUAUAACUGUAAUAUGUGUUCAUCACGAUUUGGUUCUAAAAUGGAGCUUGAAGAACAUCAAAAUUCACACACUGGUCAGAAACCCUUCGAAUGUAAUAUGUGCAAAGCAAGAUUCAAUCGUCGUUCCACCCUUUGGAAUCACAAAAGAAUCCAUUCGGAUGAUAAACCUUUCGAAUGUAACGUUUGUCGAAUGACAUUCAAAUGGAAAAAUUCAUUGAAAUGUCAUAAGGAAAUGCAUCAAAGAAAGAACGAAAUGACGGGAGUUGAGAACGAUCCGCUAGAAAAAACGCUUACUUACGCAACCGCUGCAAAACGUCGACAUAUAGAAAAUCAUGAUAGUAUUCAUGCAAGUUCGAGUUCAGAAACGGGUGCAGGUCACGUACGUUUAACAACGAGUUCAGCAAGUACUUUUAUUGGAUUAGGAAGGCGACGCAACAAUAAAUUGUCUGUGCAUUCACGUUUGAUAGCAUCUAAUAAUACCGAUCUUAUCGUUGGUACUAUUAAUAGUUCAAAUGCUAUCAGUAAUUCCAACAACACAAAUUCCAACAGUAGCAACAACAAUAAUAAUAAUAGUAACAAUAAUAAUAGUAAUAAUAACAACACCAACAACAGAAAUAAUGGUAACAACAGCAAUAGUACAAAUAAUAUUACAGUCAAUCAUUCCAUUAUCGGAUCGAAUGAAUCCUUCAUACAUACACCAUUACAAGCAGACGGUUUCUUUAGCAGUCAAAAAACUUUGUCAAUAAGUGAUCACAAAGAAUUAGAUUCAUUACUGAAUAGCACAACACGAUUGACUGACGAUUUGGCCACUUUAGGAAAUCAAGGCAGUGCUUUCGAUACCAAGCAAGAAAUGAAUCUCUUCCACACACAUCCAUUCAUGAUGUUCGGUGCUCAUCAGCUGCAGAAUACGAUGCAACCUUUUGCACCAUCAAACUUGGCAUUUCCAAAUAGUAACAGUGGAUGUGGGGAAUACUUUCAUCUACAUCUGAAUGGUCAAGCAGAUCAAAUGAGUCAAAAUGGCCAGCAACAACAACAGCAACAACAGUUUGCAUCACAGUACUCCACUGAUGGACCAUGUACACAAGCUAAUGAUAUGUUAGGAAAUCAUAAUCAUAAUGUAAUCACUUAUCAACCACAGCUAGAAGCACCAUCAUCGUUGAUCACACCAGCUAUGGAUUACGGUAAUAAUUUGGAAUACAUGUUGAACAAUUACUCAUCAACGAUCUCAUCAGCUGCUGCUGUUGCUGCUACAGUAGCAUCCACAGCAACUGAAAUACGGUCAAGUACAAUAGAACAUUUACAACAAAGACAACAGUAUACGGGACACGGUGCAACUGGUAACAGUACCCUAGAAAACAAUGGUGUAGUAAUUGACACCACAGGUACUACUGGAAAAGAAGUGCCGCAGACGAAAUAUUUAAAUAGAAUUAAUUAUUUAUCGGUGCAUGCUUUCAAUUCAAAACUCAUUUAUACACUUUAUGGAUCUCAAAUGAAUGCUUUUGCUAGCUGA